AUCGGCGACCCAGAGUCGCGUCGCGCAGCGAGGUUAGUUUCCCUCGGUUCCUCGUCCGUUCCGGACACCCGUAGUGCGUCGACGUGUCAUGCAAAUGUGCUCGCUCGCCGGAGGUACCACGUCCAGGGAAACGUCCAGUGCACUCCGAGAACGCGUUCCUGCCCAUGAGACAUUGCCUUAGAGAGGUUCGCCUCGAAUAAUCGCACCUCGAUAUGUGGAGUCCGACGCACGUCCAAGUGACAGUUCAGAGGGCGAAAGGACUUCUCACCAAAGGGAAAAAUAAGACCAACGACUGCUUCGUGACCAUUGCACUGGGCAAGGAGAAAUACCAGACCUCGGUGAAGGAGAAGGCAUCCGAGAACGUCGAAUGGCACGAGGAGUGCGAGCUACAAAUCCCCCAACAAGGAAACACCGCCGAAGUUGUAUUGACGGCACUUCAUCGGAAUUUUUUGGGCGUAGAUGAAUUCCUCGGCACCGUCAGCAUUCCUCUCUCCAGCUUCGACGUCUACGAGAGGCCCAAGAACAGAUGGUACGUUCUCAACAGUAAACCUGGAAAGGAGAAUACGAAAGAAAGGGGUGAACUCGAGGUUAAAAUUGGGUUUAUCGUCAAAGCUGGAAGUCUUACCGAUUUGACGAGGAAAGAGAGACACAAGAGCUCGCUGGGUCAAUUGUCAACUGCAGCACAGUCAAUUGGGGGGAGCUUGUUGAGUAUUGGCAGCAUAGAGAAACGCAAGGGGUUGAAAAAACUUGCCAAAUCUAUUGGGAAUAAGGUUAAAGGCAAGAGUAAGACUAAACUCGACAAAGAAGGCCUUGAUGAGCGAGAGGAACACGACUUUCGUCCUUCGAGGCAGGAGCCUGGAGAAGCUGAUCCUGGUGUUAUCAGUGAAGACGAAGACGAGUUUACGUUUGAUGACUUGUCUCACAAGAGCUCGGCGUCGUCAUUAAACGCUCCUGUUAACGCUAACACUGCCAAUGGGAACUUGUCUACUACCGUGUCUUCAAAUUCUACCAACGUUGUUACGACUGGGGAAUCACAAAGUCCACCUCCAUUGCCAGCAAGUGCUGCACCAAAUAAGCCUCCUCGUUUUACGUUAACGUCUUCGAAUCUGUCGAGUUCGAAAGCCGAAAAUCAUAAAGAAGACGAAUGGGGUCGCAAGUUGUAUGGGAAACAGGGCAACAAUACGCUGCGGAGGUGGGAAGAGAAACAAAAACCUAGGAUUAUUGUCGACGAACCCAAAGAGGAAAGAGAUGGAUCGCCGUCUCCUGCACAGACACCAACGUCUAAGAACCGGGAACCUUCGGAACCUCCUAGUCCUGCUCCUCGAGAAAUUAUUCACCUGAAAAACAACAAGGAUGAAAAGUUGACUCCGAAGGAGAAAAACGUAAAGGAGGACAAGUUAAGUCGAAGUCCAAAGGAGGAGAAACAAACGAAAAAGGAUAAGAAGAAAGAGAAGGAGCAAAAGAUCAAGGACACGGGUGAUGAUCGCCAUCUAUCUUCGGAAAGAAUUAUUAUUGGUGGGGAAGACGCCGUAAGAAAUGCCAAUAAUACCAAGAGUCGACUUCCUCACGAACUACUAGCCCAAUUCGACGGAAAGUCCAGAGAGGACCUUAUCGAGAUGGCGAUACGACUUCAGGCAGAAGUAGCCGAUAAGAAAAAACGAUUACUCGAUAUGGAGGAGUACAUAGACGAAUUGUUGUUACGGGUGAUCGAAGCGUCACCGCGAUUGUUGCAAAAUCCUUACGAUACGCAAAUGCGAGUACCCUCGCCAGGGCAAUAGUCUUCUUUGAGCUUCUUCCGUCUUCAUUCGAAUAAUUCUCAAGACUUGUAAUUUAUUUCCUAAACGAGUUUUCCCAGUCCAUUUUCUCGUUUUAAUUACAAUUCUGUGCCACAAUCAAAAUCUGCCAAUAUGAUUCCUCGGUAUUGAACAACGCUCGAGAAAUCGUGAAUCUGAAACCUCUGCUAAAAAAAGUUGCUCUAAUUAUUCUUAGGAAGUAAUUGGUUUCUUUGAGUGAACACAAAGUCGUGCGUAUUACCCUUGCUUGAUUAUAAUGUUUACAUUGACAUUGAUUGCAUAUCAAUCAGCAGAGAAAAUACAAGAUGGAGGUUGACCUGUCUUCCCGCAGACGCUCGGAUAGCUCUAAAAAGUCGAUGAAGCCUUUUUGGCUUCGAAGAGACUUGUUUGUUUCCGUCCAAUCUUCCAUUGCGGAAAGGAUUCGUAGUUUCAGAACAAACGUCGAAGAAUAAACCCUAUGUGCCUUGCUCAUCACAUAUGUGCACGUUGUUUAUAUUCGGAUUCUAUUAUAGACGAUGCACUAAUGUAGAUCUAAUGUUUUUAACCAAUUUUCUGUUACGAUUGAAAUUUUAAUAAUUAGAAAAUAUCGCAACAUAAAAGGAAAGAAAAUUUAGUAGGGAAAAUAUUUUAUCGAGUGUACCUUGGGUAGUGUCUUCCAGUAAAUGAAACUGCUAAUAUUUUGUACACACAAAAUAUAACAAAACUGUCUCGUUACGAACUGAAUACAGUAAAUUUCUGUUAAUUUUAUUAUAAACGUGAGUAUUAAUAUAAUUGGUCGCAAAGAAACAUUCGAUCCAUUUUAAUGUAUAGUUUGUAAAGUAUAUUUAUAAGUUACAUGUUGUUACUUUUAAUCGUUCAUUGUCGUGGAGUAUAUUUAAUAUAAACUAUUUAAUACUGAA